AUGAUUGUUUUACAGCUUACUCUUCUUUUAUUUUUCGAGUAUGCCAAUGCCGAUGAUUCUUAUGCCGAAUACAAUGUUCCGAAUUAUAAUAUCGAUGGCAGCUAUGGAGUCAAACAAGAACCGUAUAUGGAUCUUCAACCCAUUCCGGUCGAACCUUAUAAGACACAUGACACUAUGGGACCAUCUCAAAUAGCAUCCAGUUGUCUAGCUCGAAUUCGUCUUGCUGCCUCGUUCGAUCAUUCGAUUACGUUCCAAAUCAAUCGAUAUAUUGACGCGAUGCUGAUCGAUCGUCUCCGAUCUUUUGUGUGUGAAAAAACAGCAUUCUUCUGUUCGGAAGAAGAGCAACGCGCAGUUGGAGACAUGUUCAAUCAGUUCGACAAAUCCAUCGAGAUCAUCGACACGGUUCGUCGUCAAUUGAGCAGCACCGAAAAGGAUCAGUUGAAUAUGAUGGAGAAUCUCAACGACACACUUGCCGAGCAAUCAUUCUACAUUUAUAAAUUUCAUCUACUUAAUCCUAUGGAUUUGGCCGUUUUGGUGGCGGCAAAACAAUCAUUGACGAAAUAUUUAAGCGAAAAUGAACCCGACCCUCAAUUGAGUGCUGCAAUGGGAACAUUUACUGCACAGGAUUUAGCUCGACUGCAAGGAAUGUCGCCUUCAACAUUGAUCGAUGACGUUCGGCAACACCUUGCGCGAUGUCGGAUAACCGAAGAACAUAUCAUUCAGGACACUGUCGCCUUUCUUCAAUCUUUGCGUCUUUCAAAUCCAAAUUGA